CAACGGGCGCUUUAUCGAGUAAGGCUAUAUGCAGCUGACGCUUGGGCAAAGGACGCAAAGGAAGAAACAACCUUGGCUAGGAAAAUAGCUGAAAAGGUGUUGCCUUUACAGCAAUGGACUACCUUCAUACCAUGUAACUUACCACAUCGCAGCAAAUCUAUAGUAAAGAUGGCCGAGUGACGGUCACGAAGGUAGAUGGCCAUCCUUGGUGCCUUGCAAUCAAGCCUUCGAAGGCUAACACCGAUAUGCUCCUGGACGGCAGCAGCACACCGCAAGCACCGACAAAAGGUGUCCUGCAGUAGCCUGCAUCACAGCUUGACUGACAGCGUCGGUUGCUGGUUGCCAGUGCCCAUCCAACGGACAACCACCCGAACCAUGAGCUGCGCCUCAACAGCCCCUGAGGCCGCCUCCCACCACAGCUCAGAGGAGCCUCCGGUGUGGUUGCAGAAGGUCAAAGCCAACUUCUGCAGGGUGUGCGGCGGCUCUCUGACCCUGCGGCGCCCCUCCGGCGAGCGCGAGUGGCGUCACGUGUGCGGGGCGUGCGGCUACGUGGACUACCUGAACCCCAAGAUGGUGGUGGGCUGCUGCGUGGAGCACCGGGGCAAGCUGCUGCUGUGCAGACGCGCCAUCGAGCCCAGUCGGGGGCUGUGGACGCUGCCGGCGGGCUUCAUGGAGCUCAACGAGUCCACCGCGGCGGGGGCGGCGCGGGAGACGAGGGAGGAGGCGAAUGCGGAGGUGCAGGUGAUUGCUCCCUACGCGCACUGGGACAUCCCCAUCAUCGGCCAGACCUACAUCAUCUUCAGGGCUCAGCUGGCGCCCCCCUACUCCUUCUCCUCGGGUCCCGAGUCCCUGGAGGUGGCCCUCUUCGAGCCCGACGCCAUCCCCUGGAGCCAGCUCGCCUUCAGCUCCGUGGCCAUCACACUGCGGCUGUUCUGCGAGGACAUGCGGGCGGGCGCCUUCCGCAUGCACCAUGGUGUGAUCGCCAAGCGGCCCGGCUCCGCUCCCAACGAGCUGGGCGCCUUCGAGCUGCGAGACCACAUGGCCAUGCGGGUGACGGGUACCGCCGCGGAGGAGGGGCAGCAAGUGCAGACGGAGGGGCAGCAGACGGAAGGGGAGGGACAGCAGCAGGGCUGCACCACCACCGCCAGCAGCACUCAGGGGACGCAGGACGCCGCCGCGACCACAUCAGAACCGCCAAGGCAGCCGAGCAAGUUGGAACCUCGGUUAUAAUAGUGAUGUUCUGUUGUGGGGUUUACGGUCGCCGGAGUGUUGACGGAGGCUGGCUGUGAGGAGGCACAGUCGUGUGGGGUUUGG